CCACUACAAGCAGUGCUAGCUGACUGCUUUCCUUUUCACAACCAGCUGUUUGGCUGUCCGGCAGACCUGACAGAAGUAUUUUAGUUUCGAUAUUUGUUAGCCUCCGAAAUGCUAGUUAGCAUCAGCUCACGUCAAUAGCAGUUCCGAGUAGCCGAACACUCGCUGUUUUUGCAGAGGGCAAUGCACUACUAAGCAUCACAAAGAAAAACAGGGUAUUAGACAGGCCUGUGAGCCAGCUAGCAAGCGAGUUAGUUUGUUUAUGUCGUGACGUGCGGCGGUAGAUAGGUAGUAACAUUAGCCUGGUUGUUAGUUUGGAAGCUACGAAGCUAACAGGUUCUCCCUCGGGUCGACGCAGGACAAAGGCGACAGAAUGGCUGAAGCGGACGGCAAAUCCACUGCGCUUAACGGUGGAUCUGAAGAAAAGGAACCCGAAGAAGAUCAACACAAAGGGGGAGAUGUCUCUGGAAGCAAAGAAGGACAAACACAGUCGUCUUCUCAAGAUGCUCCCAAAGAAAUAGGUGAGGCAUCUGGAGACAAGCCAAUGCCAGAUGUGGAGGGAGAACCAGGCACAAACAAAGAGGGAGAGGAGGAAGAAGACACAGACAGCAUGGAUGGCAGCGGCCUCUACUCCCUGACCGAGGAUGGCGAAAGAGAAAGUGAGGGAGGCUUGCGAGAGAGGGCAAAGGAUAAAGAUGGUGGGAAAAGGGCAGCUAGAAAGAGAAACAGACCUGGCGGGGGCACCAACCACUCCUCCAGCUCAGAUGAGGAUGACGAUGAGGAUGAAGAAGAAGAACAGAAAGAUGAUGAAGAUGAUGAUGAGGCCAUGGAGGCGUGGCUGGGAGCAGAGCUCCGUGACCUCCGUGGGCCUAUUUGGCGGGCAGUACCCUCGCUGCGCUCCAGGGAGAUUGGCAGGGACUCGCACCAGUUCGUGAGGCGUGUGUGUGGGGCCCGGGGCCUUGUGCAGAGGCUGGAGCUCCAGGGCCGCCUCGAGAAGCACACAGGAUGCGUCAACACAUUGCACUUUAACCCCUCAGGCACACGCCUGGCAUCAGGCAGCGAUGACCUGCGUGUUAUGAUCUGGGACUGGGCCAUCCGCCAUGCUGAGCUGGAGUUUGACAGCGGCCACAAGAGCAAUGUCUUUCAGGCAAAGUUCCUGCCUCACAGUGGAGACUCCACCUUGGCCAUGUGUGCUCGAGACGGUCAGAUCAGAGUGGCUGAGCUCUCUGCCACGCAGCGCUGCAAGAACACCAAGCGGGUAGCACAGCAUAAAGGAGCAGCACACAAACUGGCCCUGGAGCCAGAUUCACCCUGCUCCUUUCUGUCUGCUGGAGAGGAUGCUGUGGUGUUCGGCAUUGACCUGCGUCUAGACCGCCCCGCCAAUAAACUGGUGGUUGUGAAGGAAGGUGAUAAAAAAGUUGGGCUGUACACCAUCUUUGUCAACCCAGCAAAGACACACCACUUUGCUGUGGGCGGGAGAGAUCAGUAUGUGAGGAUCUAUGACCAGAGGAAGAUUAAUGAGAAUGAUAACAAUGGUGUACUCAAAAAGUUUUGUCCUUCACAUCUGGUAUCCAGUGAGUCCAAAACCAACAUAACCUGCCUUGUGUACAGUCAUGAUGGCACAGAGCUCCUGGCCAGUUACAAUGAUGAGGACAUCUACCUGUUUGAUUCAAACCACAGUGACGGGGCUGACUACCGCAGGAGAUACAAGGGACACCGCAAUAAUGCGACAGUGAAGGGGGUUAACUUCUAUGGGCCAUGCAGCGAGUUUGUGGUCAGUGGCAGUGACUGUGGACACAUCUACCUGUGGGACAAGUAUUCUGCACGUAUCGUCCAGUUCAUGGAGGGAGACAGAGGAGGAGUGGUGAACUGUCUGGAGCCUCAUCCCCAUCUGCCUGGUAUGGCCACCAGUGGGCUGGACCACGACAUCAAACUGUGGGCCCCCACUGCUGAAAGCCCCACAGGACUCAAGGGUCUGAAAGAGGUGAUGAAAAAAAACAAGCGGGAUCGCGAUGAAGACAGCAUGCGCCACGGCGACCAGUACGACACCCAGCUGCUGUGGUUCCUAAUGAGACACAUGAGGAACAGACGGCCCCCGAGGGCUCGGCGUGAGGGUGUAGACCCAGACACAGAUGAGUCCUGGAGCUCUCCAGAUUCCUCUGAUGAAGAGGAAGGAGGUCCAGACCACGUCCAGUGCAUGUCCUCCUGAGCCACACACACACACACACACACACGCACAUGCAUACAUACAUACAUACAUACACACACUUUAUUGCCCUUGAAUUGAUGCACAUAGGCAAGCACUAUUGACACACUGGCACACUCAAACACUGAUGAGCCACAGACUUGGGGUGUUUUUUGUCUUUCUUUUUCAUUUUUCUUUUCUUUUUUUUUUUUUUUACACACAUACAAUCUCACACAGACAAACACAUACAUUUACUUAAAUGUGCUGUUGAAGCAGAGUGGCAGAAAUGUGUGAACGCCUGGUUUCCCAGCAGUUACGAGUGUGCACAUGGCAACUACAGUCUGCAUACACACUUCCAGAAUCCUGAUUUUUGAGAAUUGUACGACAAGGUGUAGUGAGCGCUUACAUCCCUAUAAAAACCACUCGGAGGCCCCUGCUUGUCCGUACAUUAUCUAUAUGCUCUGCCUAGCCCCAGAACUAUGUACUGUGUGUGUAUGGCAACAAGCACCUCCAACUUUAGGCAUCCUGUAGUAAGCUAUACAUCGCCAUCACACAACCCCCUCCCCCCAGUAACACACCUCUCCUGCUUUCAAGCUUUCUGUGCUGUUGAAGAGGAGUUCAGCAGCAGGGAGGAAGGGCGUAGACUCAAACCAUCCCCUAAAUGUGACUUCCUUUAAUGUUUGAACUUUGAGAGGGAAACCCCAGUGCCCCUCACUGCAUCGCCCUAGCCUCGUACUGAUUUCUGGCCCUGAGCUUGAGCAGUAAGUUGCAUUUAUUACACGUCUUCUCCCAGAGGACUACUAAAUCUCUACAUGCUGCAACACCCUACAUGCUGCCCUCAGCUACUCACUCCCCUCCUCCUCUGUCGCCCUCCCCCCUGCCUCACUACUGAGUGCACUUUGAAUCAGGGAUGCUUUAGUUUGAGACACAGACAAAGCGUGCACUGAGUGUUUCAUUUUUUGGGGGGGAAUCAUUGAAUCCCCAGUGAAGUUUAGUUAAUUUCCUUUGUGUUUUUUUCUUUGAGUGGGGGUGGGGGGGUAUUUUGCACUUAAGCGUUUCUCGACUGAGGAAGAGGAGGUUUCCCUUUGCUUCCACCAGCCCUUCCUCCUCCUCCUCCUCCUUCUUCCUCUCUUCCCACCCUCCCCCCACUCGCCAUCCUGACACCCAUCCUUGACAGGACAUCGUCAGUUCAUCUCUCUCAGUGAACAUGAAAAUGGAGAAAUAGAUGGUGUAGGAAAUAAAGGCUGAUUUUUUUGGGCUCUGUUUGGGGAACUGUAAUUUUCAAGAGCCAGAACCGACCUGGAUCAAUCACAAUUCAAACACUGCCUGUGAGCUAGUUGAGCCUUACCUAGUAAAGGACUCCACUUGUUCACGUGGUUCUUUAAAAUCCUUCUGUGAUGCUAAACGUCUCCAAUCAAAUGCAGAGUGACAUCUUUCAGACAGACAUUUGAACCAGGUCGGGUGUUUGCAGCCAGCACACCACUUGUGAGGUAACUUCUGUCUGUGCUGUAUUAAUAUUGGCUCAAAGAGGAGGAUGGGGGUCGGCGGGGUCAAUAUGCUUGCCAGUCAUUUGUUGUGUGAGAGCGAUAAAGUCCAGCUUUUCUCAUUUUCUAUGAGAAGUCUAGUUAGUUGAAUUUAUAUGUACAUAUAUAAAUAUAUAUUAAAACUGUAAAAAAAAAAAAGAAAAAAAAGAAACAACUUUAGCAAAUGCUGUUUGACUUCAAAAAAAGAAAAAAAAAGAUGUCAAAACAUUUGAUUGGUAUUGAUGCAGAGGUUUAUAUUCUAUAUGAGGACAAAGUACUUUUAAAUUCCAGAGAAAACAAAAGACUUCAGGCACCAUUUUUUCCUUUUACGAAUGGCAUCCCUCUGUUAUGAACAGAAUCACUGUCAUUCUCAAGUAUUAAGAUUUUGAUUCUCUUUCUUGUUCAAAAAAAAAAACAGUAUUUCCUUUCUGUAUCUUAAUCCAUCGUUUCAGACAGUUAUAUUCAGAUUUUUCCCACUGGCUAUUUUUGGCAUCUUGUAUACAUAAUAAGGCUUUUGAUGGACAAAUUUUUUUCCACCACUGCCUAUUGCAUUCUACCAGUUCAGUUGGAAAUAUGUACGAUUCGUGCAAUAAACUAAAAGACAGUG